GCUGCACCACCGCUCCCCACACUCACACACCGCGCGGCGACCUAUCGGCUCCCUUGGCCGUCUUCCUCCUCCUCGUUCGCCCAACAUCCCCUGGCGACCACCCAGCCUCUCCAGCUUGGCCGCGAGCGCUGCAGGGAGGACCCGGGCCGGCCUUGACAAAUGAGGGCCGCGGGGUCGCGGGGGUCGCGGGGGGCCCUGGGAGCCCCCCAUGUAGCUAUAGGCCUUACGCGGUGCCUCCCUCUUUCCUAGCGAUUCGGCCGGGUUUGGUGCACCGAGUCCCGCAGCCGCGUCCGGAUUUGAAUCGCAAUGGGCAACGCGAUGGGAGGCGACGGUGCCGCUCUGCAGCGGCAGCUCGCCCGCUUCCGACCCGAGGAGCGAGCGACUCUGAGCCGCGGGUACGAUUCGAUCGCCCACACGACGCGGGGACCUGGGGCGGCCAAGCCACAGGGGGCCCCACCCGGCGAAGGAAUCCGCGUGGCAGCGCUACGGCAAUUCGUGCAACCCGCGCUGCCGGAGGUGCUGCUGCUGAGCCUGUUCCGGGGAAUGAGCCACGCGUACGACCCCACCCUGAAGAAACCCGCCCCAGCAGCGGGAGCAGAGUGCGUGUGUCAGGAGCGGUUCGUGAGGUUCGUGGCAUCUGUGCUGCGGGGAGGAGCGGAGGAGCAGGCCGCUGCUCUCUGCUGGAUGGUGGGCGAGAGGAACGGAGGCGUCGCCAGUCAGCAGGUCCACCAGCUUGUGCAGGAGCUGCUUGAGGUGGCGGUGCAGGUGCUGCACCACGGCAAGCUCCUGCGUGGAUGGCGGCUGGACAAGAUGGCCGACACGCGGGAAGGGGCAGCCCUCGUGGCGACCGCCCUCCUCGCCGAGAUUCGCCGGUCCGAUGGCGCCACGGCCGAUACAGCGAGCGGAGCGGUGACUCGCGACGACGUGUCAGGCUGGCUGCACCGCACGCCGCUCGUCCCGGCGCUCCUCUCCCUCCUCGUCACCUCCUCCCUGCGCCUCGACCUGGGUCACGGUCACAACUUCCUCCUCCUCCCCACUGAGCCAGCCCCAUCCUCCUCCUCAUCCCCCUCGAGCAACGAUGACGGCAGUGGCGGCGGCGCCGGGCCCUCCGCGGAGACGCCCGCUCCCGACGAGGACCCGUGCCGCGCACUGCCACCGCUCCUGGUGCCGCCGGCGUGCGAGGGCGUCGCCUGGUCCCAGCUGGGGGUUGGCAGCGGCGGUGGUGGCGGCCGGGGCCCGCGGCUGUUGCUGGAUGUGCCGUCGAUGCUCCAUCUCGGCGUCCACCUGCCGGGCGAGCUGCGCGACCGCUGGAGGCUGCUGUUCUCCAGCCGCCUUCAGGGGGAGAGCUUUUCAAGGCUGUGUGGCCUCGCCGUAGGCCAGGGCCCAACGCUGCUGCUCGUGGAGGAUGUGGACGGUCAUCUCUUCGGGGGCUUCGCCUCGGCCAGCUGGGAGGUCAAGCCCCAGUUCCAGGGAAGCAGCCACUGCUUUCUGUUCAGCCUGCGGCCGUCCGUCGGCGUGUACUCCUGCACGGGCUACAACGACCACUACAUGUACCUCAACCACGGCCAGCAGACCAUGCCCAAUGGACUCGGCAUGGGCGGGCAGCACGACUACUUUGGGCUGUGGCUGGACAGCGACUACGGACGUGGGCACAGCCGCGCCAAGCCGCGCUGCACCACCUACGGCAGCCCCCAGCUGUCGGCCCGCGAGGAGUUCUCGCUCUCAGCCGUCGAGGUGUGGGGGCUCGGCGCUCCCCCCGAACGCGCCCAAGGGAGCGGAGGCAAGGCCCGCAGCGUGCUGGACGCUGACCCGGAGGUGCAGGCCAUGCUGGAGAUGGCCGGCAAGGUGAAGCACAGUGACGGCCUCCGCGAGCCCAAGGCGGACGAGUCCUGACCGCCCCGCAACUCGACCGCGUGACCGGCGGCGCGGUCACGUGAUCAGCGCAGUGGGGGUCGUGUGAUUGGAGCAGAACAGUCAUGUGACCAAGAAGAAUAGUCGUGUGAUCGGAGCAGCACAGUCACGCGACCAGAGUAGCAUGGGCCAUGUGACCAGCAGCUUCCAUCUCAAGUGGGUAGCUCUGCAGUUUCUACUUCCCUGGGCCGUACUUUAACACGUAGGGUAAUGUGCAGCCGUGCUAGAGAUCCAUAGUGGAUUCAUCACCAAAUGACACGAAAGUGCAUAUUGGGGGGAAAAGUUAAUUUAUGUCACCUGACCAGCAGUCUCACACGACGGGGCUUAAUUUCUCACUGAACAUUUUUUUUGGUUUCUUUCGAGUGGCUGGUCGACCGGUUUAGGCACGUGGACCGAUAACCGCAGCUGUAGCGGGAAGUAAACUGGACACGGUGUGCCUCGGCGCAGAUCGUUUUCUGGGUCACGGACCCCUGACAGACCCAGCUCCCGAUUAAGCCCGGAGUGUAACCCCGUGUGACCAGCAGGACAGGAACAACAUCGCAUGACGAGCAGCGACCUGGCCACCACAAAUGAUAGUCCAACGAAGUGGCUGCUUGUCACGUGGACAUUUAUAGCAGCAGCCAAAUACUCUAAACGUGUGAUGUUGAUUCUAAUUGUGCAUUGGGGAAACCGGAGGACCCGGAUAAAAAUCCACGCAAUCAUGGGGCGAGAGAGACAUGCAAACUCCAAAUAUACAGGCGUCAGGGUCGGGAUCGAACCCACGACCUUCUGCAUACCAGGCGAGGUAGUUAACAUCUCGCCACCGUGAAUAUGCCGGGCUGAGAGAAAUCAUAGGGAAACUUUCGAACAACCGCGUUAUCUCAUUAACUUUUUUGAUGAUUAUUUCAUUUUCGUAUGGCUAAUGAAGAGCAACUAUCGGAGAUUCGGUUCUAAGUGAUUUAGCCUUUCAAUUGCUUUGUCUGAGAGUUGGUGACUUUCAGAUGCACGUACCCAGCCACUCACCACCCACUCACCACCCACUACCCAAUCACCACCCACUCACCACCACCCAAUCACCACCCAAUCACCACCCACUCACCACCCACUCACCACCCACUCACCACCACCCACUCACCACCCACAGCCUUCAAGUUUACAUUUGGGGCAGUGCGAAGUUGCAUGGUCCAUGGUUUGGUGUCCGUAUCCACAGCCGUGCACAGGAAUAGACAGAGAGAGAGAGACUCUUUUAUUCACCACUUGUGCAUUGGGUGUCUGCAUCUGCCGUGGUUUGUGCGGAUCCGGUUAAGCGCUGCCCAUUGUUUCAAUGGAAGGUGAAAGCCAGGCAGUGUGGUGGUCGUGGGCUUGCUGAUGAGCUCUGGGUAGAGGAAGUCGGGCAGUGUGGUGGUCGUGGCCUGGCUGAUCAUGUGUGUGUUGAGGAAGGUGGAAGCUGGGCAGUGUGGUGGUGGUGGACUGGAUGAUCAGGUGUGUGUUAAGGAAGGUGGAAGCCGGGCUGUGUUGUGGUGUUGGGCUGGCUGAUGAGCAGUGUGUAGAGGAAGCCGGCAGCGUGGUGGUGGUGAUGUACUCGCUGAUGAGCUGUGUGUUAAAGUAACCAAGCAGCAUGGUGGUGGUGGUGGGCUCGCUGACCAGUUGUUUGUUCAUAGAUCUCCUAAAUAUAUAAAUGUGUUGUUAAACCCGCCACCACCCGACACAGCCAACUCGUAAUGGUUGUCCGUAAACAAAACAUGACAAUUCGUCACGAGUACAGCACACCGUUGUGAUGGAGAGCCAAGCCACAACAUUUACAAUCUGAGGACGACGUUUCGCCAGUAAUUACAACCAGCUUCAUCAGGCGACAGCCAGAUUUGUGGAGAAGUCCACCUGUUUCGUUCCUUGUAUAGAGGCGUAGAUGUGGUGACCACGCUUCUGCACUCUUGUGCAAAGUGGGGAAAGGGAUUACUGAGUCAACGUACAUGAUGCAUGCGCAUUAUGCAAGCCCUUUGUACUCGUACAUCCUGUCCAUUGUGCGUAUUAAAAUAGCCCUACCAACGGUGAUCCCUAUCUGCUCGCUAAUCCCUCUCUGCUCUGACGGGGUCGAAAUGGUAAAAUAACACAGCGUUUACUGAAAGAAAACGCAUACUAUCUGAAUGCAGAGUCACACCAUCACCCCGCACAGAAAUCUGCUCUUAUCAAGACGCUCAUUCAUCGAGCUAAGAAAGUGUCAGAUGGUGACAGUCUGAGAAGUGAAAUUCAACAUGUUCAAGAAGCGCUGCAAAUGAACGGUUACAAUGAUGCACAAAUCAACAGGGCAUUGAAUGCCAAAACCAAAUCAAAUAACACGAGCAUUGAAACUACCCAAGUAAUUAAAACGAUCAAAAUACCGUACAUUGCGGGAGUAACUGAUAAACUAGCCAGAUGUUUGGAAAAACAAAACAUCCGAGUCAGAUUUGGCAUGGUACAUAAAAUACAGAAAUUAAUAUCUGGUACAAAGAUGUAUUACCGAAGCUAUCAAUAGAAGGUGUGUACAGGAUUAACUGCACGUGUGGUAAAUGUUAUGUUGGGCAAACAGGACGAAUGAUCAGCGCGAGGCUGAAAGAACAUCAGGUAAAUAUUAAUUUCUCCCAAAUACAACUGUCAGCAGUAGCAGAACACGCGUGCCAACAAGGACACUCAAUUGAUUUUGAUAAUGUUGAUGUUCUGUGCAAAACUAGCUACUACUGUCCAAGACUAAUUAGAGAAUCUAUCGAAAUUGAAAGAAAUUUAAAUAAUUUUAACCGUUCGGAUAGCUACCGCCCUAGUGCUGCGUGGAUGCGAAUUGUUCAAUAAUACAUUGUUUAAAUGCAUGCCUAUGAAGGGCACCAUACUUCAAUUGGGAUUACCGUUGGUACGGCUAUUUUAAUACGCACAAUGGACAGGAUGUACAAGUACAACGGGCUCGCAUAAUGCACAUGCAUCAUGUACGU